GGCCUGCUGCUGGACCUGGUCCUGGUUGGCAUUGUUAAGGCAGUGGUGCGUCGGCGUCGGCCAGCACACAACCGUAUGGACAUGUUUGCCACCUUUUCUGUAGACCGCUACUCCUUCCCUUCAGGCCACGCCACCCGCGCCGCCAUGUGUGGGCGGUUCCUGCUGGCUCACCUGGUGCUGGCUGCCCCACUGAGGGUCCUCGUCCUGCUGUGGGCUGGCCUGGUGGGACUGAGCCGAGUGCUGCUGGGCAGGCACAACGUGACUGACGUGAUGUUUGGGUUCUGGAUGGGCUAUUGCCAGUAUAACCUAGUGGAGAUGUUGUGGGUCUCACCUCAAACCCUGCAAGGGCUGCUUGGACAGUUGGCUUAAUAUUACGGACUGAGAGAGGAGGAGACAUGGUGGUUUAAAUCAUGGUUUUAAGAACGCCUGCACAUCCUUUUGUCUUUUAGACUGAGAGAUAAAAGGGUUUGUCUUUUGACUAGAGAAGAGAGCUCUCUCAAACGGUUUUAUUCUGCUCUUAUCUGACACUCAAGUUAAAAAGCCCACUUCAGCUCUCACUUUAGGUUGCAAUGAGCCUGCCUGUAAUAAAUAGUACAGAAAUUUAAAACAAAAAGACCAGUGGGAAACAAAUUUGUACAGAUGACCCCCUGAAGCCACCUCACUCUCCUCACUGGCCUGAAUCACGGACAAUAUAAAGUCAAAGCCUUUUUAAGUCCAAUAGUUGUUUUGGACGCUGGUAAUUAUUUAGACUGCAUGUAUACAUUCAUUGCUGAUGAAGUAGUAGUAAUAAUAAUUUUACAUCGCAGUGGGUUAAAUACUUAAUGAAAAUUACUGUCUUUGAAUACAGAAGAAUACAAAUAGCCCUCUUCAACUAAGCUUUUCUCAAUUGAGGCAAAAGUCAACAGCAAUAAGUAGUAAAAUUAGUGGGACUGUAACCUGAUUGCUCUGUGAACAAACCCUGAUGAAAUUCCUUGUUUAGACUGUCAAAGUGUCCAGCAGCAACUGCGGUUAACUAACUGCUCACAACUGUAACAAACCUAUUUGGUUCACAGAUAUUUCACAGACAGUAUGCCCCUCAUGUUAUUUACUCCAUCUAAGCCAGUGCCUUUGGAGGAAACCCAAAUUACCAAAUAUUGCUCUUUAAUUAUUAAAAUAUUUCCCUUAUACAAAAGCCUUACACCUGAUUUCCUAAUUUAGGAAAGAGAAGUGUGUGGGAAUCUUCUCUUCUCUAGGCAUUGGCAGUUUCAAAUAGCAUAAUGAGAAAGAAGACUGUCAUCAAGUACAAUACAUUAAUUACAUUUGUCAGUAAAAGGAAGGAAAGCUGCAUAUUGAAUAUACUUGGGUCUUCAGAAGUAGGGUGUUACGUACCAUAUUUUUACAUACUGUAAACAACCCAUUCACUAAAAAUAACCAGCUGAGCUGAGAAAAAAAAACACAGUUUGGCUCACAAAUGUUCUGUUUUGCUGACUAAAAACUAUGGAAGACUUUCACUUCCUGCUGGAAUACAACAGAACUUAAUUUAAAGGGCACAAAAGUCACAGGUUAAUUAGCUUUUGACUGAUUCACAUUGUUGUAGAACAUUUUUUCCACCCCUUUUGUACAAAACUAAGCUCUUUAUUACAUGAGCAGAUGGACUGGUUGCACAGCAGAUAUUUUGACUUGUCAAUGCCAGAAAAACAAAUGUGGACCUAAUAACAGUACCAUUAAGUGAUGACUCAGUUCCAUUAAGUGUCCCCAGUAACAGUGACAUUACAGUUGUCAUUGGCUACAGUCAUUAACCCAUUUACUAAAUCUUAAAAUCUAUUAUUUAUUUAGAUAAAUAAUUAUGACCUUUUUAUGAUAACAAUCACAGAAUGCACCCACUUAUAAAAAACAUAUUUUCCUAUCACCUUAAAUCUUAAAACGAAAUCUUGCUAGAAUUCUGCACUGUGAAAAUACUUAAGACACUGGCAUUUUAAUUUAUUUUUUACAUUUACUUUUCUUUUCUUUUUAAGCUCCAGAUUUGCUUGCAACUGCUACAAUGAUUCUGGUCUCACAGAGAAAUAUACACUGAUUAUUCAUUAGUAGACAUUUAAAAUAAUAUUGUACCAGAAUGUGUAACCACGUUAUUUCCCAUUAGCGCCACGGCAACACGCCGUUCCUUUAGGAUCAGGUUUGGGUGAGUGGAGUUAGGACGUGUGUUGUAAUGACCUGGUGUGCUGCCAGGUUUCAUGAAUCAGUGAUCAGAAUUUAAAGGCAGUUCUGAAGUUUUGUAACCAACUACAUGAUGAUAGUAAGUGAAGAUACUGUAAAUACAGUACAAGGUGCUUUAAAAAAUGAAUUAGCACACACGCUUGUACCUUAACUUGAAGACCAUUUUAUGAAUGUAAAGAAAAUCCUGGCCAUAAUUACUCUUCUACUAACUAACUAAUAAUGUGUGGAUAGAUCGUGAUUCAAAUCUUUUGUGUUUCAGUAGUCUUUUAAGUUCUCAGUUGGAGAUGCACAAAGGCAAUAAUCUGUAAAUGCAAGUGUUGAACUGUUGGUGCUCUUCCCACAGUUUAUAUUCGAUGAAGAAGUAACAUUUUAACCUACUGAACUGGUCUUGAAUCUUAAUGUUAGUCACAGAUGUGACUGUGACUUUGGGUGAUUGAGGCUGUCUUUAGAUCAGUGGUUUUGACUUAUGCCCCACUGCAGGUGGUGGUAGAUGACCAGGGGAAAAAUAUGGAGUACAACCAAGUUGAAUGAAUGUAAUUUCUUUAGAAUAGUUUUGGUCCCCCAUUGUUAAUAAUUGCGACUAUCGUGUGUGUGGGUGUGUGUGUGGGUGUGUGUGUGUGUGUGGGGGGGCGCGUUAAUGAUUAAUCUAUUUCCACGCACUGACCCACCGAUUUGGGGUUGUAAGGUGAGAUCCAACAUUAAUAUUGAACUUUAAAUGACGCCAGUGGUCCAGAUGUUGUAACACUGAUGGGUGUUUGACAUUAGAGUAGCAUGUGAACAGUUGUGGUUAACUGAUUUGUGCCCUUGCAAGUGUUUGCUGUCUGUACCACUUCUGAAGAGCAAAUGUGACUUUUCUGGGACGGAUUAUGUGUCAUUCAAUAAAUAAUUUUGCUGACUUG